GUGAGGCUGCGAGAUUCACCACUGGGGCCAGUCUCAGCCGUGGAGAUCACAGGAUCCCGGGUAGCUGCGAGCCGGCCUCCCCUUCUAUUGUGUUAUCGAGGGCGUGUGACCCUCCGGCGCUGGGUGCGAAGUGGGUGCAAGUAGCAAGGACCGGAUUUCGGCAAGCUUGCGCCCCUUCACUAUGAUCUGACGGAGGCUGAAGGACCUCUUUCCCCUCUCUCUCUCUCUCUCUCUCUCUCUCCCUCUCUAUCUCCCACUCUCUCUCUCUGUACCCCCACCCCAGCCACACGCAUACAUCCCUCGCAGACACCAUGGACAGAAGCCGGGAGUUGCCCAAGAUCAUCAGGACUGGGAUCCUGCUGCUGGCCGCCUGCGGGAUUGGGACAAGUGCCUGCCCGGCUCUCUGCAGCUGUGUGGGCACAAGCGUGGACUGCCACGGGCUGGGACUCCGUACCAUCCCCAAGAACAUCCCCAGAAACGCAGAGAGACUGGAGCUGAAUGGGAAUAACAUCACUCGCAUCAGCAAAAGUGACUUCACAGGACUCAGACACGUCCGCGUAUUGCAACUUAUGGAGAACCACAUCAGUUCAAUCGAGCGUGGCGCCUUUGAGGACAUGAAGGAACUGGAAAGAUUACGCCUGAAUCGUAACCAGCUGCAUAUCUUGCCAGAACUGCUCUUUCAGAAGAAUCCCACUCUGCACAGACUGGACCUGAGCGAGAAUUUCAUCCAGGCGAUUCCCAGGAAGGCAUUCCGCGGAGCGACAGACAUCAAGAAUUUGCAGCUGGAUAAAAACCAAAUUACUUGCAUCGAGGAAGGGGCGUUCCGAGCGUUGAGGAGCCUGGAGGUUCUGACGCUGAAUAAUAACAACAUCAGCAGUAUUCCAGUUUCGAGCUUCAACCACAUGCCAAUGCUUCGCACCCUCCGCCUGCACUCUAACCAGCUGCUCUGUGACUGCCGCCUGUCCUGGCUCUCUCAGUGGCUGCGCCAGCGCCCCCAGAUCGGCCUCUUCACGCAGUGCGCUGCCCCCGCCCACCUCCGCGGCCUCAACGUCGCUGAAGUACAGAAGCACGAGUUCACCUGCUCCGGUCAGUCGGACAGCUCUCGGCUGCAGUCGUGUGGCCUGGCCUCAGGAUCUUGCCCUGCCGUGUGCACCUGCAGCAACAGUAUCGUCGACUGCCGUGGGAAGGGUCUGACCGCCAUCCCGGCCAACCUGCCCGAGACCGUCACUGAAAUACGACUGGAGCAGAAUGGAAUCAAAUCCGUUCCACCAGGGACGUUUACCACGUACAAAAAACUACGGCGGAUAGACCUCAGCAACAACCAGAUCUCAGAGAUUGCUCCUGAUGCAUUCCAAGGUCUCCGAUCUCUCAACUCUCUGGUCCUGUACGGCAACAAAAUCAACGAGCUUCCAAAAGGCGUGUUUGAUGGACUCUAUGCUCUUCAACUCUUGCUGUUGAAUGCAAACAAGAUCAACUGCAUCCGAGCGGAUACCUUCCAGGACCUACAGAACCUAAGCCUCCUCUCGCUGUACGACAACAAGAUCCAGACACUGGCCAAAGGGACGUUCAACUCACUCCGAGCCAUCCAGACGCUGCACUUGGCCCAGAAUCCGUUCAUCUGUGACUGUCACCUCAAGUGGCUAGCCGACUACCUUCGGUCCAACCCUAUCGAGACCAGUGGGGCGCGAUGCGCCAGCCCACGCCGCCUGGCAAACAAGAGGAUCGGGCAGAUCAAAAGCAAGAAGUUCCGGUGCUCAGCAAAAGAACAAUAUUUCAUCCCAGGUACGGAGGACCAGAGACUGGGCAGUGAGUGCAACAGGGACAUGGUCUGUCCACCAAAAUGCCGCUGUGAGUCCAACGUGGUGGAUUGCUCCAACCAGAAGCUGACCAAGGUUCCCGAGUUCAUCCCACAGUCAACCAUAGAGCUGCGUCUGAUCAACAAUGAUAUUUCGCUCCUGGAAUCCACCGGUCUCUUUCAGAAGCUUCCGCAGUUGAGAAAAAUAAACCUGAGCAACAACAAGAUUGCAGAAAUCGAAGACGGGACCUUCGAAGGGGCUUCGUCUGUCUCUGAGCUGCAUCUCACAGCCAAUCAGCUGGAGUCCAUCAGGAGUGGGAUGUUCCGAGGCCUAGAUGGAUUAAGAACUCUGAUGUUGAGGAAUAAUCGCAUCCGCUGCAUCCACAACGACAGCUUCACUGGACUGACCGCUGUUCGCCUCCUCUCACUGUACGACAACCAGAUCGCCACCAUCACGCCAGCCGCCUUCGAUACUCUGCAUUCACUCUCUACCCUAAACCUCCUCGCCAAUUCCUUCAACUGUAACUGCCAACUGGCCUGGCUGGGAGAGUGGCUGAGGAAGAGGAAGAUCGUGAGUGGAAACCCUCGCUGCCACAAGCCCGACUUCCUGAGGGAGAUCCCACUGCAGGAUGUAGCUUACCAGGACUUCCGCUGUGAUGAAGGUCUGGAGGAGAGCGGUUGUGUGCCCCGACCCCAGUGCCCCGUUGAGUGUACCUGCCUGGAGUCCGUCGUCCGCUGCAGCAACAAACAUCUGAAAUCCCUGCCCGCUGGCAUCCCGCGCAACGUGACUGAGCUGUAUCUGGAUGGUAACCAGUUCACUGCAGUCCCCAGUGUACUCUACACCUUUAAGCAUCUUCAACUUGUAGACAUGAGCAACAAUCGCAUCAGCUCCUUGACCAAUACGUCCUUCAUCAACAUGAGCCAACUGACCACACUGAUUCUCAGCUACAAUUCCUUACGGUGCAUUCCUGCCGCUGCAUUCCAAGGCCUCCACUCUCUCCGACUCCUGUCUCUGCAUGGAAACGAUAUCUCCACUCUUCCUAAAGGAAUCUUUGCAGAUGUGGCUUCCCUCUCUCACCUUGCCAUUGGAGCCAACCCACUCUACUGUGACUGUAACCUCCGCUGGCUCUCCGACUGGGUCAAGACCGGGUACAAGGAGCCUGGCAUUGCCCGCUGUGCUGGCCCAGGGGAAAUGGAGGGUAAGCUCCUCCUAACAACUCCGGCCAAGAAGUUUGAGUGCCAAGGUCCGACAGAGCUGAGUGUCCUGGCCAAGUGCAGCCCCUGCCUGUCCCACCCCUGCCACAACCAGGCAACCUGCCAGGAUGAUCCCCUGAAUUAUUACAGGUGUAGCUGCCCAUAUGGUUAUCAGGGUAAACAAUGUGAAUUGCCAAUCAACAGCUGUGUUAGUAGCCCCUGUGCGAACGGAGGGACAUGCCACGUGAAGGAGGGAGGUUCGGAUGUAUUCUGGUGUACUUGCCCAGAGGGCUUCCUGGGGAACACCUGCACUGUGAAUGUUGACGACUGUGAGGAGAAUUCCUGCAGGAAUGGUGCCACGUGCCUGGACGGAGUUACUAACUACACCUGCCUGUGUCCCCCGUCCCACAGAGGGGUUCACUGCGAGGAGCCAGUGGACUAUUGCGCCCCAGAAUCUAACCCAUGUCAGGAGGGUGACAAGUGCACAGUCACCGUGGAGGGACCAAGGUGUGAGUGCAUUUCUGGGGAUGUGGGAGAGAACUGCAGCAGUGCCAUUGGCAACUGUCAUGGCCACCAGUGUCAGGGAAAUGGCGUGUGUCUGGAUACAGCUGAUGGUUACACCUGCCUCUGCUCAGAGGGUUACAGUGGCCGUUUCUGUGAGCUUCCUUCGGCUGCCUCCUCACCCCACGUCCCGUGCCGGCCCCAGGACUGCCUCAACGGCGGGCAGUGCAUGAGCGACAGUGCCCUGUGCCAGUGCCUCCCCGGCUUCGGGGGGGCCCGCUGCGACAAGUUGGUCAGCGUCAACUUUGUGGAUCGAGACUCGUAUCUGCAGUUUACCGAGCUGAAGAACUGGCCUCAGGCGAACAUCUCUCUUCAGGUGUCCACGGCAGAAGAUAAUGGGAUCUUGCUGUACAACGGAGACAAUGAUCACAUUGCAGUUGAGCUUUACCAAGGCCGCGUGCGUGUCAGCCACGACCCUGGGAGUGAUCCCAGCUCUGCUAUCUACAGCCUGGAGACCAUCAAUGACGGACAGUUCCACACCGUGGAGAUCCUGACCUUAGACCAGAUGGUCAACCUGUCCAUCGACGGGGGGGCCCCCAAGAGCAUGGAGAGCUCUGUCAAACAGUUGGCACAGAACCGCGAGACACCCCUGUACAUCGGAGGGAUGCCCGUGGAUGUCAACUCGGCGGCGUUCCGCCUCUGGCAGCUGCAGAACAGCUCCAGCUUCCACGGCUGCAUCCAGAACUUGUACAUCAACAACGAGCUCCAGGACUUCACCAAGACGCAACGGAAGGCCGGCGUGGUGCCGGGCUGCGAGCCUUGCCGGAAGAUCAUCUGCGUCCACGGCAUCUGCCAGCCCAGAGCCGGCUCGGGGCCCGUCUGUCACUGCGAGGCCGGCUGGCUGGGGCCCCGGUGUGACCAGCCGCUGACAGACCCCUGCCAGGGGCACAAGUGCUUGCACGGGAGGUGCGUGCCGCUGGACGUGGUUACCUAUCGGUGUGAGUGCGAUGCGGGGCACAGGGGAGCCUUGUGUAACCAGCAGGAAGAGCUGUUCAACCCCUGUAAGAACCUGCCGUGCCAGCGGGGGCGGUGUCAGAUCUCGGAGCUGGGCGAGGCAGUGUGCGAGUGUGAGAGUGGCUUCAUGGGCAGUCUCUGUGACCAAGGGAUAUUGUAAUUGUGACAAGUUAGUGACAUCACUGCAAUCAACAAAGCCUGGCUUUACCAUGGGACAUAUACAUACAUUUGAUUGGAUUAACUAAACUAGCAACUGGCACCAUUAGAAAAUGUAAAGAGGAGCCACAUAAUACAACCUGCAUCUUGACUUUUGAUACUGACACAAUCUUAACUGUUGUUAGGCGUUUAACAAGGUACAAAUUGGAGAUACUGGUAUCUAAUGCCAGAUUGCAAUUUUUGUUGUCCUCUAGCUUUACUUAACAUGCUGCUGUAUUAUGUCAUUUUAUAUAAAGAUUAACCAUCUCUCUUCAAAAUCUUUAUGGCUAUAAAUGAGACAGGUUUUUGUGGCUGAAGGAGGAACCUCAAUGCAAAGCAGCAAAAUGAAGGAAACUACAUGAAGGAUUGUAGAAAGCAACAGGAGAAUUUUAAUAAUUCUAUAUUUUAAUGGUUCUAUUAAUUUCUUACUACAAUAACCAUUUCAGAAACAGUUACAGAAAACCAAGCUGAAAUCAAAAGUAUCAGGCUGAGGUGAGUUGCCAGCCACUGCUAAAUGCUUGUCAAAGCUCAUGGUCAAGUCUUUUGCAUAAAUAAAGAUUAUUUUGGGAAAGCUAGCAACAGGCAGAAGGUGAUGGAGGAAAUGGUGAGAAAAAUACCUGAGUUUCAAGCUGCUUAUGAAACCAAUCAAUGCAUGUCUGAUAUGCACAUCACAAAAGAAACAAAAUCUACUUUUGUCAAUAUUUUCCCCUACUUCAAGGAUAGCACACCUUUUAACUGAUUGCCACUCUAUGGUUUAGUAGAUGCAUUUAUAUGUAAUUCUGAGAAAUGUUACAUCAUGAAUAUAUUGCACACACCACAGAACUGGAAAUUAGGGGCAGUUAUAACCUUGGGUAAAACACAUUCAAAGUGAUUCAAUAGCUUUUCUGCUUUGAAACCAUAAGCAUGUACAUCUCAAAUAAAUUGACAAAUUAUUCUGACCAACCUGACAUGUUCACAGUCAAUACUGAAGCCAGGUUUUCUUGAAAUCUCUAAAGCAGCUGUUACUCUCUUUGCAGAUUCAAUUAUGCUAAACUAUACAGUGAGUCCAAAACACUCAUUAUAACCACCAUAAAUCAAAUUAAAAACAAUAGUUUUCAGUUCAAAAGACUCUCAACUCAACAUUUGCUAUGACUAUCCAAGCUGGAGUUCAACCUUGCUGCCACUCUGCACCAACUGUCUCAAUAAUCACUUGCUAUUUAUCAUUUACUGGUCCAACUGCAAGUUCACUGGUGGUGUCUUGCAGAACUCAAUUUUCCCUAUAGGCCUUGAUCAAGUUAACAGUGCAAUGGAAAAUCGGCAUGUAUCCACUGAACUUAGUAUUAUCGAAACAAUUUUACACCACUUCUACCUUCCAACAUAAUUUUUGUGCUUUGCCAUUGGAUGAUCAAACACUAAAAGGGAAACAAUUUGCAGUAAUGCUGUACUAUGCUUCAUGAUGAAGCACUAAAUAGUUUCACUGUUCAUUCAAAGUUCUUAUUCUCUGAUUUGACCAAAAAUAAUGUACAGAGGAAUGAUUAAAUGGCUUCAAUAUCAAUUUAUGAACAAUUUCAGAUUUACAGUGAAAAAUACAAUUAUGCACAUGAAAACCGAGACAGUAGUUACUAGGAUCUCAAUAAUGCAAGACUAUGGCAACAAGAAACCCUAACGUAUUAUAUCCACCGAUGUGACAAACAUUUGGAAUACAAUAAGAAAUUUAGUAUUCUCAGAAUGGAAUUCCAUUUCAGCAUUAUGGAAUACUAACUGCUGAUGGCUGCUAUGCCAUCAUUCAUGGCAGUGAUGAUUGAGACAAUUACUUUGUGUGCACACUGGAACAGCAGGAAAACAUUAAACACCAAAUUUCCCCAAGCUUGUUGGCACCAACACAAUAAGAAAGCCUACAUUAUAAAUAAUAUUAGAAGAUAUUUUGUAUCACAAAUUUGCCUGACAAAAGAGGGAAAACUUCAUAAAAAUACAUCAAAACACAUCUGUAGGCCUGCAAACGAAUGAAUAAAUUAGAAAGCAACAAAGUUAAUGUUUUACUUCUUGUUACAGAAUAAAGCAGAGAAAUAUAGUGAGUGGUUAUUGAAACAAAACUAUGUCCACACUUUAAAAAUACUGCACCAUUAAAAAUCACUGCUUUAUACAUCUUAUCAACUUCAACCUACCACAUACAUUUUGAAAUAGAUUCAGAUUUUAAAAUGAUAUGCAGUCAAAUGCAGUCAUUUUGUGAACAAAAAAAGGUAAGAAUGUUUAAGCAGUAACAGUACCUUGGAAAGGCGAGGCACACCAUUCCGGAUAAAAACAGUGAAUCAACAUUACUUCAAAUUAACCUCAGGAACUGUGUGACAAGCAAAAUUAAUGAUGGCUAUACAACUGGAUGUCUGUUGCAAAUUUUAUCUACUUCAUUCCUUUCUCUAUUAAAUAUUUAUUUUCUCUACAUGGAGAUAUAUUAAAUGGGAUGCCAACAGAAACAGGUGCCAUAAUCUAUAAAUUUCAUCAAUAUAUCCACAAUAUUUAAGAGGGUAGCAUGAUUUGCUAAAUCAUGUUUUAAAUACAAUUACUGUGACCAAAACUGCCCUGGCUUUUCACUGUCACCCAUUUAAUUUGUUUCACAAAUUAGGUAUGCUGCCCGUGACCUGACACAUCUAUUUAUUGGUCAGUUUCCAUGGCAACCUAUUACCUAGAUUAGAAAAUCAGAAACACUGCUCCAGUCAAGAUUACAUUCAAUAAUCUAAAUGUAUUGCAAUUUGAGGAAAUGCAUUAAUGGCUUGAUUAUUUUUAAAAAUGUGAGAUUGGAGUAUUAAAUUGAGUCCACUUCAGUAUCUUUAAUGAUAACCUGCGAUGAUUUAAAUUAAAUUUGGGGAUGUGCACUACAAAAUGUAGCAAUUUCCUACAUUCUAAUGCUUACAAUGCUAAAUGAGCAUUUGGAAUAAAACAAUUCUGUAUAUGUUAGGGAAUACGAAUUAUCAAAAGAUCUCAAACAGACAUUAAAGGUUUCAAAGGCCAAUUCACUAAAAGGAUUGUUUUUAGGGAAGGUGGAAAAUUCUCCAAUUUUUUCCUUCAGCACUAUAACCGGUAAGGGUGACUUCAUCUAGGGUCUUUCAGCCUGUGCUUCCAUUCACUGAUGGAAAUGAUGCAGUGCUACACUGCAUUAGAAUGAGGUUUGGUGUACCAUAUAUCCUGCUUUUCAAUAACAGUUUUCAGGUCCAAAGUACGCUUUAUACUCACUCCUCUCCAAAAGUAAUGUAUAUAAAAACAGAAAACACUGGAAAGAGUUGAUUUUUCCAGACUGAUACACAUGAAGGGUCCUUCACCUGAAACACAGGUUCUCUUUCUCUCCAAGUGGAUGCUACUCAUUUUGUUAGAUGUCUAUGGGAUGCUUUGGAUUUUAUGCCUUGCCUUUGCCCAAUGCUGGCCCCCCAUGCCUGAGUCGACGUAGUAGUAGUUUGAAUUUUAGUUUCAAGCUAUUUAUUUUAAACUUUUUUAAAAAUUCAACUUCUGUAAACUACAUUGAGACGUUUUUCGGUCUAUAUAAGUGCCAAUGGGAGGCAUUACUUUGUUCCAGAUGUAGACUGUAAGACUUAGGAGCAGAAUUAGUCCAUUCAGCCCAUCAAGUCAGCUCUGCCAUUCCAUCAUGGCUGAUCCACUAUCCCUCUCAAUCCCAUUCUCCUACCUUCUUGUAACAUUUGAUACCCUUACUAAUGAACAUAGCAACUUUGACUUUAAAAGUACCCAAUGACUUAGCCUCCAUAGCUGUCUGUAACAAUGAAUUCCACAGAUUCACCACCUCUGAUGAAACAGAUUACUCCUCGUUUGUUCUAAAAGGACAUCCUUGUAUUCUGAGUGUGUUUCAUUUGGUCCUAGACUCUCCCACUCUUGGAAAGAAGCUCCUGACAUCUACUUUAUCUCUGCCUUUGAGGCACUACACUAGAUUAUGAAACCUGUAUCAAACAGUCACAGCCAGCAUUCAUAAUAAAGCUUUCUGCUUUCCUUUAAUGCGUAAUGAUUUUUAAAAAUAAUUCUAAUUAUAUGACUGAAGAAACGCAAGUAAUGUGGCUAAUUCACUUACACUUUAGAUCGCAUCAUGUCAUCUUCUAAUUACCGCUAACAUCAUUGUUAAUUCUCUAGUACAGAAGAUUCUCAUUUUCGUUUGUGAACAGAUUAUAAUUUCAAUAUAAUGAACAUUUAUAUCUGAUUAGGUUCACAGAUUCCACCACCCCCACACAGUUCGAACAGACUUCGAUGUCUAUUAAAGGAUGGUGUGCCUGGCCAUUUUACACAAUGUCAGAGAAAUAUUUUUAACAUAUUAUUCAAAUACAUAAAAGGCAUCCCAACGGAAAAUAUGCUGGUUUUAAACUUGCAAAAGGCAAGCACACAAACAAUCCAAAACUUAGCAAUAUGGGCUCAGUUAGGAUCAUUUUCUGUGAACAGUUCUUUGUUGCCAAAUGUUAUGGUCUGAAAACCAGUUGAUGGACUGCUCACAAAUAACUUAUGCUUUUUCAUUCAAACAUUAAAACAGCAUGGCUCCAACACAAUGUUCAACUAUUUUUUGGUUGUAGAUUAAUAAUUAAAUCUCUCCAUAUUAUAGCUGUACUCCAAACAAAAUGGAAAUUGAACAUUUUAACAAAUAACACAUUUACCAAGAUAAACACUUCACAUUGCUUUAGAACAAAUAAAAUAAAUAUGAUCCUAGUCACAAGCAGUUAACUUUACAUUAAACAAGAUCUCACUUCAAAUGCCAACUUUUUUUCCCCCUGAAGUCAGAGAAGUGGAUAUAAAAAAUUUAGGAGAUUGCUUCAUAUAUCUUUUAUAAAAGAAAUGCAAUCUCCUCUUCAUAGACAGCUUAUUAAAAUAAGCUGUCAAUUACAUAUUGACAGCUGCCAUUACAUUUUGAAGCUGCUCAAGAGUUCAGUUUUCAAAAACAAUUGAUACAAGAUAUCUUUUCCGCCAAGUUCAUAAAGAAUUACAUUAUUGGAAUCAAAUAGUUCAGCAAGUAUUCAUGAGAAAAUUAACAUCUUAACAAUGGAAGUGAAAAAGCACAAGCACUUACAGUAAAUAGAUCCCACAAAAUACCAAGUUUAUGAAGUUUAAUAAAUAAGGCUGCAAGGCUAUCAAUAAUAAAAAUGGCAAGUAAUCUCAUUCAUGUUAUUACAGUAGUGAAGUUGUGCAUUGUUAGAUACGAAAUCUUAAGACAAUAGUAGUACAAACAGAGCAUAUAAUAUUAGCUAUUUCACAGUCAUUAGCUAUGUCCUAGGUGAGCACUAGCAUACCUUUUCCCCUUCUUGAUUCAGAUCCAUCCCCAGUAUAAUAUGUUAAUAUGCACCACAACCUCUUGCUGUAAGAGUUGAAUAAUGUUUAACUUUAGUGAUUCCUAUAGAUGUACAACUACAUGUUUUAAGGCAGUCACAUUAGGUGACAAAAAUUCAAAUGCACUUGGUUAACUGAGGCAAACACCUGGAACAAGAUCAUAUGCAAACCUUAAUAAUUGGAUGUCAUGAUCCUGGAUGUGUGUUCAUUCUUGUCGUACUUCAAAAUCAGUCAAUGUACAGAAACAAGUUUCUAUUAUUUAGACAAAAUAUAUGCAACGGUAAUCACUAGUUAUAGAAUUGAAACACACACUAAGAAAAUGCAGUCAUGGUCAAAUGUCCAAUACAACCAUUGACUUUGAAACCACAAUUGUCUAUGCUCCUUAAGAAGAAAAAUUGAAAAUGACAGUGAGAAAGACACUACAACAAUGAAGGUGCAACACCAACAAUUGAACACGAUGUGUAUAUUGAGUAAUGUAAGCUUUAAGGUGCACUUAUUUGGGUGCAGCUUAUAGAAACACUUUACACUUUAAACAGUUCUACAUGUGUGGGCGCAUAUACAGUGGAUUCCAGUUAAUUGGGACAUAUCAUGCCCAGUACAUUUUGACCCAAUUAAGCAACUGGACCAAUCAGCUGAAGGUUCAUGGAAAUAGUUAAAAAGGUAUAUAAAAAAGACAAAUUCCCAUUUAAUUUAGUGAUAAAUUAUGUAUUUAAAUGAAAUACAGAAUAGAUUGGAAUGCUACUAAUGCUACUACAGUACUUAUAAAAUUGUAUUAGUUUCUCAUAGUUAUCGACAGACGGAUUCAUCCUGUGUACGCUGCCAUACAUGGGAGGGGUAGCAUCUCUGGUGAAGGAGCUUGUCAUGUCCAUUGUGGGGUAACUCACUCACACUUGGUCCCCACUGGACACUUAACUCUCACCUGCGCCUCCAAGUAGUGUUUGCAUACGACAGUGGUCACACCUGGUACAGCACUUUGAAAGAUGGGAUAAACCAGAUGAGGGUAGCUGGCGGGCUUCAUAUCCUGGUGAAAAAGGGACAUGCCUGUCCCAGCAUGUGAAGUCAGCUCCGGCAGACUGGACAGAUGAAAUCAACAGUGAGAUCCAACAACCAAGAAGGUGGUUCUGCAAUGCCUUGUGAAGAGCAAAAGGCAUGAUAAUGCACAGCAGUAUCCACUGCAACCAAGGAAGAUCCCAGUUUGUGACGACUACUCAUACCACUGCACUCGGAUUUUCGAGGUUGAGAGUGGAACUGUCCCAGUGCAACAGCUUUUCCACUUUAAAACUCUCCCACCUUUCACUGCCAUUGUCAGAUACGACAGACAACCAACACGCUGCCAUGUUCUUUUGAUUGACUAUAAAUGAACAAAAUCAGCACAGUGCAGAUAAUGGACUGCCUUCAUACAAUUCUUUUGACAAUUACAUAUCUUCAUUUUCGUUGUAACAUUCAAGAUGAUUAUCGAUACCUUCAGAUUCUUCAUAGUUCCUAACUUGAUGAAGUAGUGAAAUUGUUCAUUUCACCCCUGGCUGUUUCUGGCAUCUCCAAGGCCCUAAUGCUUGAAACCACAGUGAGUAAAACAGUUCUGAAUUGUCUUGCUGCUUAUUUCUCACCAGCUAUCAGUUUAAAAAAAAGCACAUGCAAAUAAUACUAUUUAAAAACUGUUCACUCUAAGCACAGUACUGAGUCUAACGGCCACACAAGUUCACGCGACAGACACUAGUUAGAAACUACUCGGCAAGUCUCCUGUUUCAAUUAAGCAGCAUAGUGUCCCAAAUAAACAAAGGGAAUUCGGGAUAAUUUCUCUAUUAGUUUUGUUCUUUAAGAGUUUUCCCAAAUAAAUGGCUUCCCCAAUUAACCACUUUAUUAAAGUUUCUCCUUUCAAUGAAAAUAAAUGAGAUGCAUUUGCAGAAACCUUCUUGGACACAUCUGAAGUUUAAAAACAGAGCGCCCUUUCAGCAGAAAUACUGUGUCUCUUACUACCCUGUCAUUUAAAUAAAGCAAUGUGCAGAAUGCAAAUUUCUUUGUCAAAUUCUUUGCCUAUAAAACUAAUACUUUAGUGGAAGCAAGAAUGUAAACUCAGAAAGGAGCAAUUAAGCUGUGUCUAAGACCUACUACACUGAUGCAAAACUAGUUUAAUUGCCAUUGACAAAAAUCACUUUCUAGCAAAGAAUUUCUAACAUUACAGGCUGAUACAAUCUGAGGAUAUAAAUAAAUUCUUGAGCCCUUUCUGCCCCCUCCCACCGUGUCAAUAAGGGCAACUUAAUGAAUAAAGUCCAGUUAUUGUCAACUUCAUUGAAUCAACAGAAGCUGUAUCCAGCCAAGUAGAUAAUUCAGAGUUCAUGAAAGCAAAAAUGUCAGAAUAUGCUGCUUUGAUUUAAGGAAUAUUCCUUAUUUGUCAGCAGGGUGGCCCAAUGGCACAGCAGUUUGUUCUGCUUCCUCAUUGUUCCAGGGAUCCAGAGAGAUCCCAACCUUGGAUGCUGUCUGCAGUUUGCAUUUUCUCUCCAUUACUGCCUGGAUACACCACUUCCCUCCCACAUCAGGGAUGUACUCGUAGGUUAACUGACUACUGCAAAUUAUUAAUUGGAGCAAGCUAAUGGCAAUAGGACCAAAGAGGGAGUUGAUGGCUGUGAGAGAGGUUGUAGGGAGGUAAGCAGAGAACAGGGCCACUGGGAUGGCUGCCUGCCUGGGAGGCAGCAUGGGUCCAACUGGUUAUUUACUGUGUUACAAAUACAAAAGAAUACCAGUCUAUGUCAGGCAGAGAAAACAAAAAUCAACCAAGACGCACAAUAAUUAACAGCAAAAAGCAGCCACUAUCCUGUGCUAUAACUAAAGGAAACAUGGUCUCAAUUAGCAAAAUCAUACUACCCAAGAAGAAUCAACAACAUGACAACAAAAGGCAAACAUAGAACAUUAAAGAUAAAACAUUUACAACAAAUUAUGAAUUUCAUACAAUUUCACACUUUCCUGAUGUUACAUCUAUUUGGUGCAUUAAAGAUUAAUGAUAGCUCUCCUCUGAGAAAUCUUCCAGUCCCAUUUCCCUAUUUAUUACCCUGAAACUCAUUCUCUCAUAGACGUCACAUAGACCCCAUUUGAACUUCCUGUCUUCCACCUUUACUAGGGGUAAUACACUGUGGCCACUUAGUGUACUGCAGCAGUUAUGGGAAGAACAUAAAAAGCAAGAAAGUAUAUUUGGGGGAAAAAAUGGAUCUGUGAUACAGAAGCAGUGAGGACAGCAUUACUUGAUGUACUACUGUGACAACGAGUUCAUUCUCAAUUGGCCAUUCUGUCCACAGUUCAGGACAAUGUCUCUGAACAACUAAAAAGACAUGCUUCCCCCUCCCCCCCAGCAAUCUGUUGACUUUCUAUUUUACAGGGAACUAGUGCUCCAAAAUGAUAUAGCAGUACAUUAAGGUCCCAAUGGUAAAUGCAUUCCCUUGCACUCCAUGCUUUUACUAAAACAGCAGCAAGAAUUUCAGAAAAAGGCAAUACAUAGCCCCAGCUUUACACAAUAGCACAUCUGCCCCCUCCUCACCCCAAAAAAAUCCCUUUGGCUGUUUUCUUAUGAUAUUACCGACAAUGAUCAGGGAAGCCCCUGAAAUACACUCAUGUUUGCAAUGGCAAUCCAAUAAUAAAUACCACUUGGAAUUUAUUCCAAGUGAUAACUACAAAGUGAUUAACUAUAAAUGUUUGACUGGAAAUAAACGGAAUAAAACAGAGUGAUGGAUCAAGCAAGGUGCCUGAAUCUCACCUCUCGCUGUACCAUCAUAGUGCCUGUCUUUAUAUCUCCUAUUGCACUUUAGCUCCAACAUUGAAAUCAUGCAUUACUAGAGAAUAAACUCAUCAAAUAACAUUCAGCUCUGUCUAGUAGCUAUACGUUAUUGAUGCACAAGCUCAUUUUGACAAUCAUACUUCUCAGUUAUUCUAUGUAUCCAAUCUAAAGGGUACACAUUUAAAUCGUGCAAGAGAUCCAGAGCAUUCCAAAACAACUUUCACAUGCAAAUCUUACAUGCUUUCAUAUUUUCAUAAUAUUGUUUCCUCAUUUUCAAUCUGUUGUAAAACUGAGAAAGGUUUUCAAUAGAUUGGGUUUUUUUAUGGUUUUAAUAAUAAUCAAAAAUUGUUUACUAAUCUUUUCCAUAGUUCUGAUCCAUAUUCCUCCAGAUGUACAAACAUUUUGCACUAGUUUGAUAUACUCAAAUUUAGAGUACAUUAGAAUGCAUGUUUCAGAGUGUUGGAAUGUACAAAGUUAGAAUGCAUUUGUUGAAUUAGAUAGAUUUUAGUUCCUGCAAUGUUAAACAGCUAUGACAUUAUAGUUGCAAACUCUUUCUAAACUUCUGAGAAUCAGAUGGAGGAGGGGAUGGGGAAAAGUUGUAUCAUCUUUAAAUCCAAAAGAUACCAGAUCCACUGUACAUGCCACAGCUGUGCCCUCUUGUGGGAUAGAAAGGCCAUUAACCCCUGAUACUUUCAAAUCAAAAUUUAGUCCCUUUGUGUACAAUCCUAAGAAAUUUAUCAAAUUGGAAUAGAUAGAAGGUAUUUUAAAACUAUUGUUGUAACUUUGAAACUUACCAAUCUGUUAGCAGCUCCACAGAACACAGCAAGACAUUCUCAAGUUGAUAGUGCCAUUUGUCAAUGACACUUUCUAUAAAAUGUGUUAAUAUUCACUGAAAAGAUGUUACUAUACACUUUAAUGCUCCAAACCAUUGCAACUUGUAUUAAAAGGGGCAAUAAAUUUCAUCUUCAAGAAAUAUUUUCAAGUCUAAGAAUGCUGUUACAGCAAGAUUUUCAUUAUAGUUAAACCUAAUUAAAAUAAAGCUCCACUUCAUUCACAUCGAACCAGUUCUCCUAAUUUUGCUGUAAUUGUCAAACAGGAAGAGCUGGGUGAAGGUGGGGAUUUCAGUAUUUAUUAAUCACACUGAAACUGCAUUUUAAAACAAACAUUAACAGGUUAACAAGGCUCGAAUAUCUGGAGAUUAAUGUGAACAUGGGAGGGGAUAUGAAGGAACAAGAGCGGGGAUGGAGGGCGGCUGGGGUCGAGCUGACCGUAGAGGUAAAACCUUUUGAAUUUUCAGGAGCUCCGCUCCUCGUUGCCUCUUAACUAGGCCUGUUUCUAAUGAUAUCAAAUAAAAGCGCAGCCAUAACAAAACGAUCUUUUAUUAUCUACAGCCAAGCUUCUAUUUCACCUCUUUGCUGCUCCAUUAAGCCACCUCAAUUUGCUAAGAGCUUUCAAAUAAAUAAUUUCUAGGGCAGGAGAAUGAACACGUCUAUUUUUAAAAAUAAAUUAUGUGGGUCAAAAUAGCAAGACAACAGUAAAAAAAAAAGCAGACUCUUUCUCUUGAGCCCAUUUACUCACUAUAAUCAACUUACAUUUCAU